CGGUAAGACACAUGCGUGUGUUUGCCAACCACCAUUAAACCUCAGAGGAAGAAGAUUAGUUUCAGAAUGAUCUCUGGUGUUGUGUUGUGAUACUGACUACAAACUGUUAGAAAUGUACUUUUAGUAUAUAGAAAGACACAUGUUGAAUCAGGUCAAUAAAUACCGGUAAUAUUCCCAUCCUCAUAGACGGUAGUAAGGUUUGAAGCGAGCAGGAAUAUCUGGAGGAGUAUCAACUGAACUGAGAUCUGCUGCUGUGAAGAUGGCGUUUGUUAAAGAGGAGAGUGAGGAGGACAUGAGUAAACCAGAACCCUGGAGAAUAAAACACGAGGAACAAGGAGGUCUGGUGAAAGUGAAAGAGGAAAGAGAAGAUCUGAAUGAAGUGGAGGAGAAAUAUCAGCUUCAGAAAGCUCAUGAUGACACCGCUGAAGAAAAACCAUUGAGUUGCUCCAAAACUGAAAACAGUUGCUCACAAAGCAGCAUUCAAAAAGCAGAAGUCAAAAGACCUUUCGUCUGUUCUAAGUGUAGAAAGACUUUCAAACAUAAAAGAAGCCUUAAGAGUCACAUGAUAAUUCACACAGAAAAAAAUACUUUCACCUGCUCUUACUGUGGAAGGACGUUUACAAAGAAAUCACACCGUAAUGAUCAUUUGGUAAGUCACACUUCAGAAAAGCCUUUCACCUGCCCUGAGUGUGGAAAAACUUUCACACGUAAAGAAAGCCUUAAGAAUCACAUGUUAAUUCAUAUUGGAAAAAGGCCUUUCGCCUUCUCUCAGUGUGGAAAGGGUUUUACAUGUAAAGGACACCUUAAGAAUCACAUGCUAAUUCAUGCUGAAAUAAAGGCUUUCAUCUGCUCUCAGUGUGGAAAGAGUUUUACACAGAAAGCACACCUUAAGUAUCAUUUGGUAACUCACACUUCAGAAAAUGCUCUCAGUGUGGAAACACUUUCAAACAUAAGGGAAGCCUUAAGAUACACAUGUUAAUUCAUGCUGGAAACAAGCCUUUCAUCUGCUUUUACUGUGGAAAGAACUUUACACAGAAAGGACACCUUAAGGAUCAUUUGGUAACUCACACCUCUGAAAAGCCUUUCUGCUGCUCUCAGUGUGGAAAGUGUUUCACACGUAAGGCAAACCUUAAGCAUCACAUUUUAAUUCACGCUGGAAUAAAGCCUUUCACCUGCUCUCAAUGUGGCAAGAGUUUUACACAGAACUCACACCUUAAGUAUCAUUUGUUUAUUCACACUUCAGAAAAGCCGUUUACUUGUUCUCAAUGUGGAAACACUUUCACAUGUAAAAGAAGCCUGAAGAAGCACAUGUUGAUUCAUACUUGAAAAAGGCCUUGUACCUGCCCUCAGUGUGGAAACACUUUUACACAUCAAGGAAGAACAUUUCACCUGCUCUCAAUGUGGAAAGACAUGAGAAUUCACACUGAAGAGAUGCCUUACACACAUCACUCAGAUCUCAUCGUUUUCAUCUUCGCUUUAUUUUUUGCAAAGCAUUAUUUUGUAUAAUUUCUGUUAUGAUAGAGACAUCGACUUUUGCUUUGAUUCGUUAUACAUAUUGUGGGCGGAGCAAUGGAAGGAGGGAUGGGCUUGUUUGUUUAGGUUGAUUUCAGAUAUCGUCAGUGUUCUCAGAAAUCACUUACUGAACCUAUAACUGUGAUCACUGCAGUAAAGAAAAAUUGCUUUG